GGGAGAGACGUAUUUUCCUAAAAUAAUAAAUUUAUCAAUACCGAAUAAAAAUUUUGGAUCAAAAUCCGAAAGGUCUAGUUUCUUUCCAGAAUUAAUUGAGUUAAUUAAAAAGUAUUUUUCUCGUGGGUGUUUUUCUAUUGCUAAAUUCGUUUUAAUUUUUUGGAAAGAGUCUUUUCGUGAAGCCGAUACAUCUGUCUUGUUUGGCAUUGAGAAUGCAUAAGUCAUGGAAUGGUCUCAACUAGUCCAAAAAUGAAAGAAUACAGAGAACGAGGAGUGUUAUCAUAGGAAAGGGUCUUCUACAAGACACAUUUGCCGAAAUAUAGCCGACAUGCAGAGAUUCAGCGAUUUCAUAUACGGACGUGUCGAAAGCGAUUGCGAAACAAAUAAGCCAUUCAAGGUCUUACUUGCCUUUUAUGGUUUGAUCGGUAUAAAGGCGAAACCACAAGGCCUCUUACCUACAUUGCACAUGGUGUUCUUUUGCAUUGCAUACGCCUAUACGCCAUUCCUAGCUAUAGUGGGCUUCUUGCGGUACCAAAAAACCGCAACUGUAACAGAGUCUCUAUCGGCGUUGCAAGCGUUUAUCAAUGCUAUAUUUGCCGCAGCAAAGUCAGUAGCAGUUUUAGUUAACUUUAAGCGCUUUCAAAGCGUCGAGCCGAUAAUGAAAAGUUUGGAUGAACGCUACAAAACGCCAGAGGAGCGUCAGCAUAUAACAGACAGUGUUACGGAUUGCACGCGCUUAUAUGCCGCCAUGGGAUUCAUUUAUUACUUGUAUGGCCUCAUUUCUAUUCUAACAGCGUUAAUAAUACAUAAGCAACCAUUUGGUGGCUGGUAUCCAUUUCUCGACUUGAUUAGCAAUCCAACGGUGCAUUUCUAUUCAUGUUUGUCUUUCGAAACGUGGUAUUUGUAUUUCUUACUGACGGCGCAAUACCUGCAUGAUGUGUACCCAACUUUAUACAUGCGAACAAUACGCGCACACAUGCAACUGCUAAGAGAACGUAUUGGUCGACUAGGUGUGGACCCCGACAAAAGCGAUGAUGAGAAUAACAAAGAAUUAAUCGACUGUAUUGCUACGCAUCAGCAAAUAUUACAGGUGGUGGAUAUGGUCCGCUCCGUUUGCUCACCAACCAUUUUUAUGCAAUUCGUUUGUGUUGCUCUUGUACAUUGUGUCUGUAUGGUUAAUAUUUUCGUUUUCGCCGAUACGCUUAAUCGGGUCAUUACGAUAUGGUAUUAUCUUAUGGUUGCAACGCAAAUCUUACCCACUUGCUAUGAGGCAUCGACGCUUGAGAUGGAAAGCUCUAAAUUGCCCGUCGCAAUAUUUCACUGCAAUUGGCUGGCUUUAGAUAAACGUGGACGAAAGCUGAUCCUCUUCUUUAUACACCACGCUCAGAAGGAGGUUACCUUUGUUGCAAUGCAUUUGUUCGAAAUCAAUAUGCGCACAUAUUUGUCAAUUGCAAAAUUUUCAUUUACAUUGUACACAUUUGCGAAUGAGAUGGGCUUUGGACAGAAUAUAAAGGAAUUAGCAGAGUCAAAGGGGAAAAAAUAAUACUGGUGAAGCGAUUUGUGGUAGUCGAAAGGCGAAUUAUAUUCUUUAUAUAUUGGACUUGGAAGGCUGAGAUCUAUCAAAGUACAACAUUGUGAACGAAUAUGAACUUUAGAAGAACUUUGGAUUUGGACCACUUUUUCAUUAAUAAUUUCAUUUCAUUAUCAACUAAACAUUUCAUUAGUAGUUGACGCUAGCACUAUUUUAUGUAGCCUAUAGAAAAUUAAUAAAUUGUAGAGAACGUUUUCCCUUAGAACAGCAAAA